GCGCCGCCCAGCACCCCGGUCGCGCUCAACGCGGGCCCCCUCGCGUGGGCCGACGCUGCUGCAGACGUCCGCGCGCCCCCGGAGCGCGCCGCCUCUGUCGGUGGCGAUGAUUCGGCGCGCUCUGGCUCCGCCCCGCGGGCUGGGGGCGCCGAGGGCCCGCCGCCUGACGGCCGCGAAGGGCGGUGCAGCCCCAGCGGGAUCAACUGGUCCCAAACGUUCCAAACCACCGAGCUUACCCCCGGCGACGUUAGCGGCGCGGAUGACGAGGAGCGCCUCCGCAACGCAGUGAUCGCGCCCGCGGGGCCGCGCAGACCCGCCCCGCCAGCCCCGACAGCCCGGGAGAUGGAGGACGCC